UGACAUGUCUGACACCCCAGUCAAACCCGCGACGCAAGCCAAAAUGAGCAAGAAACAGAAGUUUGGAAAAAAAAAAAGCCCAAUAAGGAGACUGAAGAGGAAGAGGCUACCAGUUCUAAGAAAAGGAAAGCUGCAUUCUAAUGAACAUUUCUGGAGUGAGUCCUACUUAAAAUAUGGAUCUAAAUGAAUUGAGGGAUUCCCCACAUUCCGCGAAUGCAGCACUAGAAGCGGAAACGUCGUCAUCGUGCGCCAUACCGCUCGUCGCCAUGUUCAAAAAGCUUGAAGCUUUAUUGCGCUUCUGGAGUUGUCCAACAACGACGUUUAAAUAAAGAAAUGGAUCAUUUGAAUGUGUCAAGGGUAGAGGAACACUCUUCCUCCCCGGAGCAGAUAAACAAAAUGCUCGAACUGCCUAACUACAGCAGCCAGUUGAUGCAGCAACUGUGGGCCCUGCGACAAGAGGGUCACUUUUGUGACUGCACGGUUCUCGUGGGCGACGACCCUCAUCGUGCACAUAAAGUAGUGCUGGCAGCUUCCAGCAUGCUUUUCAGGUCGUUGCUGAAUUUUUCUGACACUGUCUCCAUCGACACCACUUUGGUUUCCUCACAGGAGUUUACCUGUCUUCUGGACAUGGUAUACACAGGCAAGCUCCCUUUGGGAAAACACAACGUCAGCCGCAUCAUUGGCGCAGCAGACAGUCUGCAGAUGUUUGACGUAGCCGUGAGCUUUAAAAAUGUCCUCGCCAACAUUAUCAACCAGCAGCCCCAAGGCUCCCCCCCUUCUACACAGAGCCCCAUGAACAAACUCCCGAGCCCAAACCCUGAUGCUUCGGCUGAAAGUGGGACCCAGGCCCAGGCCAAGGACGAGUUGGAGACAAAUGCAUGUGGAGAUGCGAGUGAAAUGGCAAAGGAGCCUACAGGGACAGAAGAAAGCAUCGCCGCCACAGCAACUGUUGGCGAAGACGACGACGACGCGAGAGCCGGCAAAACGACUAGCGGCUUGGAGCGUUCUUCUCAGCUGACCGAGCAACUCGCCGUUGUGCCGGAUGUUGUUCAGCUUUUGAGCCGAGCAGCCAACAGGUGUCUGGAGAAGCUGGAGCUCCAGUUAGUUUGCCAGUGCUGUGAAGAAGCCGACCCCCGCUCAGUCGUGACCAAGCUGUUGGGGGAAGUGGAGAAGGGACUUGUCAGUGAGCAAAGUCUCCUGAGCCUGCUCCGCAGCGCCCAACGAGAGGCGCCCUCCUCCUUCCCCGUGUCGUUGCUCUCUCAGCUGGAGGGGAUGGACAAUACGCAGGAGCCAGAUGGACACCAGACUGAAACCAGCUCAGAAAUGGAGAACGGCAGCCGUCCCAAUCAAGUCCCAAUCAAGCCGGGGCAAAGCAGCACGCAAGAGCCCGAGAAAGACGAAUCCUCGUCGUCCUCCAAGUCUUACCGCUGUCGCUGGUGUAAGAAGAGUUUUUCCUACAAGUGCCGAGUGACGGCCCAUAUGAAGCGCUGCCCCAUGUCCGAGGAUUGUCAGCUGCAGUGUCCGCAGUGCCCUGGCAAGCUGCUCAACAAGCGGGCUUUACAGCGCCAUUUGAGCCAGGCUCACCCGGCCGCUGCGGGAGACAAGCAGCAGCAGCAGCAGCAGCAGCAGAAGAAGAAGAAGGCAGUAGCCUGUGACCUCUGCGGGCGGACCUUCGCACACCCUUCGGGUAUGAUCUACCACAAGCGGACGGAGCAUUACGAGGAGAAGCCGUACGCCUGCGAGACGUGCGGCGCCAAGUUUCCCGCCACCUCCUCUUUGAAAAACCACAUGCGGCUCCACACGGGAGAGAAGCCCUACCGCUGCAAACACUGCGACAUGAGCUUCCGAGUGGCUGCCGCCUUGGCCUACCACACCAAGAAGAAGCACUCUGAGGGCAAGAUGUACGCGUGUCAGUACUGCAAGGCCGUGUUUGCUCAGUCCAUUGAGCUGACGCGGCACGUGCGGACGCACACGGGCGAUAAGCCCUACGUGUGUCGGGAAUGUGGAAAAGGCCACAGCCAAGCCAGUGGCUUGACAGUCCACUUGCAGACCUUCCACAACAUGUCGCAGCCCCUCAGCUGUCAGAAGUGUUCCCUCAGCUUCCAGACUUUGGAGGAGCAUCAGAAGCACAUCAAGGAGCUCCACGUCAACCCCAUGCACAAGUGUCACACGUGCCGCAAAGUUUUCAGCAGCGCCGCAUUGCUGGACAAUCACAAGUCCAUUCACACUGGAGUCAAGCCCUAUGUCUGCAACCUGUGCAAUAAAUCUUACCAGCAACUGUCAGGCCUGUGGUACCACAACAGAACCAACCACCCUCAGGUCAUCGGCAACCAAACGGCGCAGCAAGUGAAGACCCUGGUUCAGUGUGACGUCUGCUCAAAGUUCUUCCCCUGUGUCUCCAUCCUGGCCAAACACAUAGAAGCUGAACAUGAAGAUAGGGCGGCAUCCACCUUGCACUGCGUCCACUGUCAAGUGGUAUUGAGCGGGGGGGCGGCGGAAUUGCAGGAGCACAACUGCAGCACAAAGGGUGCCGCCCACGGAGUCGUCUGCCCCCUUUGCACUCUGGUCAGCGGCUCCCAGACGGAGCUGCAGGAGCAUCUCCUCUCCUGCCACGUGCAAGCCCAGCAGACACAGGUUGCUGAGGAGGCCUCCAGCGCGGCGGCGGCGGCGGCGGCGGCGGCGGCGGCGCACAACGUGAUCACGGUGCACCAACAAGAAGGCGAGGUGCCGCAGUCGGCCAACGCUGCUGAGGAACAGCAGCAGUCUGUGAGCCAGCGGGUGUUUGUGGCUGUGGCCGGCGGAGGGGAACCCGGCCACGCCCCCACCGAGGUGGUGGAGGUCGACAUGUAUGAUCUCUUAAACAAUUCCGUCACGUUCAUCUGUGAAGGCAAACCGUCGGAUAUUUAGCUCCUUUCUUUCAACCUUUUUUAUGACAGCAUUUGGUCUUUUAUUGAGUUGUCAACGACGUUGUCAACCUGUAUUGCCAUGACACCUACGAGUAAACAAAAUGACAAACAAAAAUAAAAAACGUCAAACACUCAA